AUGGCGCUCGAAGGCUUUACCCGCUGCGCAGUGGCCGCGCUGGUGGAGCUGGCCCGGCUGCCGGCCCUGGGCGCCCCGCUGCUCGCCCGGCACCUGCGGCUGCUGCUCUGCGGGCUCUGCGCGCUGGGACACGGCCCCGCCGCGCUCUGCCAGGGUGUUUCGGAAGCGGAGCGAGCGCAGUGCCGGGAGGCCCUGAGGGACAUCCUGGACCGUGUUUACCAGCCGCUGGCGGUGCAGGAGCUGCUCGUGCUGCAGGGACAGCCCAAGCAGCGGUGCCCGGGUGCGGGGGCAGCCCCGGCCUGGCUGCGGCGGCUCUGCGGGCACCUGCUCUCCGAGAGGCUGCUGAGGCCAGGCGGGGUGCACGCCGUGGUUCGGGGCGUCCUGGAGGGCACAGACGGUGGUGCCGGUGCUGAAGCAGCAGCUCUGGACUGGAGGAAAUGUGAUGCAGUUGGGAAGAUCCUGGCUGCCUGCCCCCAGCAGUGCCUGUCCCUCGAGGACUACUACAGACAGGUGUGCCCCCAGAUUCUGGACUUGCUGCACAUCCAGGACAAAGUGGCGGCGCGGCAGUUCCAGCGCGUGGCCACCAGCACGCUGCUCAGCAUGGCCAGGGAGCAGCCAGAGCUGGCAGAGAGGCACCUGCUGCAGCCCCUGCUGGCACCGCUGCGCCGCUGCUCGCGGGCCGCAGAGCUGCAGGAUUUGACAGCGACAGCAGGGGCCGUGCUGGUGCCCGAGGCAGAGCUGGGCAGCUGUGUGGAAGAUGUGCUCAAGGUGUAUGUGGUUGGGAAUGACAGCUCGAGCCUGCUGCUGGGAUCCUUGCAGCCAGUGCUGGGAGUGGUGUUUUCCCUCUAUUCCUUCGCCAAGCAGAAUGUGUCAUACUUACGCUCCCCGUGCCAGGACAUCCUGCUGUGGUUCCUGGAGAAGGCAGAGCGGGAGCAGUCCCUGGCUGUGCUGGAAAGCCUGGCUGGGCUGAGCAGCCACGUGCCCACCCUGCACCCACAGUGCCAGCUCCGUGUGGGCAGCGAGGGCGGUGCUGCCGUCGUCCUGGAGGAAACCAUCAGUGAUGAAGAUGAGGCCCUGUACCAGAAGAUCUCCUUGGAGCAGUGCCAUGUGGAGAGCUUGGUGGAGCUCCUGUCCCACUGCCAGAAGAGUGGUCUGGCAGGAGACUUCUUCAUCCACUGCCUGAAGGAGCUGACUCAGGUGGCUGCGGAGGAUGAGGAGGCUCCAGACCCAGCCGUGCAGCCUGCAGGGAGCUUGCUGGAGCUGGAGCAGUACCAGGCCAGGCAGGGGAGGAGGCUGCUGGUGCUGCAGCUGGUGGCUGCGCUGUGCGAGGGCGUCUCCGACACCGUGUUCACUGACAUUGUGCAGGUGCAGCAGUUCCUGGCGGCCGUGCUGCAGCGGGCCUGUGCCCACCCUGCGCGGGGCCCCGGCGCGGCGGCCGAGGCGCAGACCCUCGCCAUGGCCAUGGGGCUGGUGGCUGCCGUGCUCGGCGGGGCUGUCCAGCUGAAACCCGGCGAUUUCGCGGUGCUGAAGCGGCUGGUGCCGCUGCUGGAGGAGCUGUCCCGCACCUACCCCGAGCCCCUCACCCAGGAGCUGGCCUCGGACCUGCGCAUCGCCAUCCUCACCCACGGCGCCUGCUGCCCCGGCACGCUGGGCACCGCGGCCGACGCUGUGCUGGGCAGGACGGCCGGCACGGCAGCACAGGGCCCUGCUGGCACGGCAGCACCAAGCCCUGCUGGCACCGCAGCACCGAGCCUGGCUGGUACAGCAGUACAGAGCCCAGCUGGCACGGCAGCACCGAGCCCUGCUGGCACCAAAGCACCGAGCCCGGCCGGCACCACAGCACCGAGCCCUGCUGACACCGCAGCACAGGGCCCUGCUGACACCGCAGCACCGAGCCCUGCUGACACCGCAGCACCGAGCCCGGCUGGCACAGCCCCCGGCCCCGCAGCGCUGCGGCACCCACACAGCAGCCCCUCCUCGGCUCACAGGGAGAGCAGCAAGGAGCAGAGCACAGCCCGUGAGCCCGGUGCCUCUCCAGCCCCAGGUGCCGACAGCCUGGCCCCGGCUGGGCUCCAGGAGCUGCUGGUGGCAGCCUACGACCCCCAGCCCCCCAGCCGGGCAGCUGCCCUGCGCCGCCUCGCCAGCCUGGUCACCCAGCGGCAUCCAGAGGCACUUCGGCUUCAGGAGAAGCUGCUGCAGGUGUUCCUGGAGAAUGUGCAGCACGAGGACGCCUUUGUCUACCUCUCAGCCAUCCAAGGCGUUGCUCUGCUCUCCAGUGAGUAUCCAGAGCGGAUUCUGCCCGUCCUGCUGGCACAGUACGAGUGCCCAGCACAGGGCAGAGAGGACACCAUGGCUGCUGUCACCAGGAUGAAGCUGGGCGAGGUGCUGAUGCGUGUCACCCGGGCGCUGGGGGACAUGGUGUUCCAGCACCGGGAGCCGCUGAUCCACGCCUUCCUGCGGGGUGCCCGCGAUCCCGACAGUGCCCUGCGUGCCAGCAGCCUCUCCAACCUGGGCGAGCUCUGCCAGCACCUGGGCUUCCAGCUGGGGUCCAUCAUCCAGGAGGUCACCUGCUGUGUGACAGCCAUAGCCCGCACAGACCCCGAGGCUGAGGUGCGCCGAGCUGCUGUGCACGUGGUGGUGCUGCUGCUGCGGGGGCUGAGCGAGAAGGUCACUGAGGUGCUGCAGGACGUGCUGCUGGAGCUGUACCGCCUGCUGAAGCACGUGGUGGCGGCCGAGCGCGACGCCGCGGCGGUGCUGCACGCGCAGCUGGCGCUGCAGGAGCUGGAUGCUGCCGUGAGGAGGGUCCUGUUCCCCCCGCAGACGCUGCAGAAGAAGAUCGUGGUGCUGCCAUAGCGGGGCCGAGCCCGUGGGGGCCAGCUGCUCCUCUCUGGGGCCAUGCUCCCCCAGGGAAGGCUUGCUGUGCCCUCCAGGACGCCGCUGGCGGUGUCGCGUGGCAGGGCAGCCUCGCUGGGACGAGGUGUGGGAUUAAACUGAGACAUGCUCA